CAGGUUUACAGUUGGAAAUCAAAAUGUCAACCUCUGGUGUUUUCAGAUCACAUAAGUAGAUAACAAUGGUGAAGGCUGUCGUAGUUCUUAACAGCAGCGAGGGUGUGAGUGGCACUGUCAGCUUCACUCAGGAGGGAGAUGGUCCAACAACCGUGACUGGAAACGUUUCUGGUCUUAAGCCUGGACUCCAUGGCUUUCACGUGCAUGCCCUUGGUGACACCACCAAUGGUUGCAUGUCAACUGGACCUCACUUCAAUCCUGCUGGCAAAGAGCAUGGUGCUCCUGAAGAUGAUAAUCGCCAUGCUGGUGACCUUGGGAACAUCACAGUUGGAGAAGAUGGUAAGAGUUCAAGUUCCUAGUCUUCACAUUUAUUGGCAUUUAUUUAUCAUGGAUUAUAGCAUAU